ACAGGUUAUCCAAAAAAAAAAAAAAAAAAUAGGAGGCAUACAUAUUAGUAUAUAACAGGUAACACAGAGAGUUCACCCAAACACUUCAACUUUUUGAAAGUUCAAACAACCAUGGGUUCAGUUCCAAUUGAGACCUUCAGUAUAGAGGAGAAGCAGCUGGACAUAGAGGAUUCUAGUCCAGUUCAGAGGGCUGAAUGGGUUCUCAAUUCUCCUGAUCCACCACCUCUAUGUCACGAGCUUAUAAGUUCAAUCAAACAGACAGUGUUUCCUCAUGGAAAAAAACACUCUUCGUCUUCCAAGAAGCAAACCCCAAGGGAUUAUGCUGCUUCAUUCCUGCAGGGUCUAUUUCCAAUCCUCAGGUGGGGAAGGAAUUACAAGGCAUCAAAGUUUAAAAGCGAUUUGAUGGCAGGUUUGACACUGGCUAGCCUUAGCAUCCCUCAGAGUAUUGGAUAUGCUAGUUUAGCAAAACUUGAUCCUGAAUAUGGCCUGUACACAAGCGUUGUCCCACCUCUGAUUUAUGCUCUAAUGGGGAGUUCAAGAGAGCUAGCUAUUGGACCAGUAGCCGUAGUUUCCAUUCUGAUGUCUUCCAUGGUUCCAAAUAUACAAGAUCCUGUGGCUGAUCCCAUUGCCUACAGAAAUCUUGUUUUCACGGUUACCUUCUUCGCCGGAACUUUCCAAGCUGUGUUCGGAAUGUUCAGAUUGGGCUUCCUUAUUGAUUUUCUUUCACAUGCUGCAAUUGUUGGAUUCAUGGCGGGUGCAGCCAUUAUUAUUGGUCUUCAACAACUAAAAGGGCUAUUUGGGUUUAGUCACUUUACCAACAAAACUGACGUAGUAUCUGUCUUAGAGUCUGUUUUUGAAUCACUUCACAGUGAAUGGUUUCCUCUGAAUUUUGUCCUUGGUUGUUCAUUCCUGAUCUUCCUCCUAGUCGCCAGGUUUAUAGGCAGAAGAAACAAAAAGCUCUUCUGGUUGCCUACUAUUGCUCCUCUUAUAGCAGUUAUAUUAUCCACUUUGAUAGUGUUUCUGACCAAAGCUGAUAAGCAUGGAGUUAAGAUAAUAAAACACAUCAAAGUAGGCGUGAAUCGAAGUUCAGUUAAUCAGUUACAAUUCCACGGUCCACAUGUUGGACAAGCAGCAAAAGUUGGACUAAUUACUGCAAUUAUUGCUCUCACGGAAGCCAUUGCUGUUGGCCGAUCUUUUGCUUCCAUUAGAGGCUACCAUCUUGAUGGGAACAAAGAAAUGGUAGCCAUGGGUUUUAUGAACAUUGCAGGGUCUUUAACAUCAUGCUAUGUGGCAACUGGUUCAUUCUCACGGACAGCUGUAAAUUUCAGUGCAGGAUGUCAAACGGUGGUAUCAAAUAUAGUGAUGGCCAUUACUGUGCUUGUAUCACUUGAAUUGCUAACUAGGCUCUUGUACUUCACCCCCAUUACAAUCCUAGCUUCAAUCAUUCUAUCUGCUCUUCCUGGACUUAUAGACAUAAAUGAAGCUUUCUAUAUCUGGAAAGUUGACAAAAUGGAUUUUCUUGCGUGUCUUGGUGCAUUUAUUGGGGUCCUGUUUGCAUCAGUGGAGAUUGGCCUUAUGGUUGCGGUAGCAAUCUCAUUUGCAAAAAUAUUACUAAAAUCAAUUCGCCCUGGCAUAGAAGAACUAGGUAGACUUCCUGGAACAGAUAUCUUCUGUGACAUCAGUCAAUAUCCGAUGGCCAUUAAAACUCCAGCAAUCAUAACUAUCCGUGUCAAUUCUUCCUUAUUAUGCUUCGCUAAUGCCAAUUUCAUAAGAGAAAGGAUAGUAAGGUGGGUGACAGAACAUGAAAAUGAAAUGAAAGACAAUGCAAACGGAAGCGUUCAAGCAGUAAUCCUUGACAUGUCCAACAUGAUGAGCAUUGACACUUCAGGAAUUGUUGCACUACAGGAACUGCACAAAGAGUUGGUUUCUCAUGGCAUAGAAUUAGCUAUGACCAACCCAAGGCAGCAGGUGAUUCACAAGCUGAAGUUGGCCAACUUUUUAGAUAAACUUGGAAGAGGGUGGAUUUUCCUCACCGUCGGUGAAGCUGUAGAUGCAUGUCUUAAUUCUAACUUGGUUAGUCUUAGCAGCUGUUAAUGGCUCUAUGAGGUCUUGAAUGUAUACUAAUUAAGUCGGCUAGCUAAUUUUGUGACAUAUAUCCCUUAAGAAAUUCACAAUAGUACCGGAUGUUGUGACCAUGAACUAUAGAGUGUGAUGAAGCAGAAAACUGUAGCUCAUCAAUAUGCUCCUCGUCAGUAUGAUAGACGACCUGUAAAACCUGGGUCACAAAAAGCACUCAAUAGAUAAGGGCACCGGUUUGGGGCUUGCCAAGGACCCUCCGAUGCUUAAGUUAGCUUAUUCU